GACAGCACUUGAUCGCAUUUGUAGUGUAGGCGUCGUCAGGGGAGCUCCAGAAAGAGAAAAUGCUGCCGGACUGAACACUCACUCUCUGGCCACCCGGACUGCAUUCCUCGAUGGCUGAAACGGUUUCCCGAAUCAAAGUGAAUGCGAACUAUGAAGAGAACAUAUGCUGCAAUUAAACCUUUGGAAUAACAUCCGCUUCAGAUUAAGAUGGAAAUUAAUAGAAAACAACUUCGCGUUUUACCUCAUACUUUAGAGCGAUAUCAUUUUAGCGUGGGGCUGAUGUGUUUGUUUGUUCUGUCCGCCGAAGCUCAUAAAUGUAACGACACCUACACGCGUUAUGACGGAUUGGUGAGCUGUGAAGAGAUCAUACUACCUCUCGAAGUGCCCAGAAGCAUCCAAAACUUAACUUUAUACAGAUACAACAUCUCAGUUUUAACCGAGAGAGCGUUUUCAGCCAAUGGGACCGAUAUGGACUUGCGCUCGCUGUCACUGCAGGACAACAACAUACAGGUGAUCGAAAGUUGUGCGUUUUGUGGACUCCCCCGACUUCUUUCCUUAGAUUUGAGUCACAACCGUUUGAUUAUUGUGCCCUCUGGAGCUUUUUAUGGCUUGGAACAACUACGCAACCUUAACCUCAGUAACACCUUAAUGACUUCGGGCGCGAAGCAAUUACCACUCGCUCUGUCCACGGACAGUUUGUGUAAUCUUCAGAGAUUGGACCUUUCUGGAAACCGUUUGGAGGUAAUUCCUCUUUCUGGGUUCGGCAACCUCAAUUUAACCACACUGAUACUGACCAAUAAUUCCAUUGCGAACUUGGAUGGCAACAAUUUAACAAAAUUAAACGAAUUUAAGGAAAUACGCGUUUACUUAUCACAGAACCCGUUCCAGUGUAAAUGUGACAAAUUUAAGGAGUUUUAUGAUUGGUUGAAAAACAGCUCGCAAUGCGCAGACUCAAACAGCCUGAAAUGCGCGGGACCAGAAAAGAAGAAGAAUAUACACAUAAAGGAUUUACAAAAGAGGGACAUGGAGUGCCAAAAGUUGGAUGCCCGUUCUUAUGUGCUUCUCGGCAUUGUGUUGGCCCUCAUUGGAGUUGUGUUCCUCAUGGUGUUGUACUUGAACAGAAGAGGCAUCAAGAGGUGGCUCAAUAACAUUAGAGAGGCCUGCCGGGAUCAAAUGGAGGUGUAUCAUUACAGAUAUGAACAAGACUCCGAUCCCAGGUUAGCAAACGUUGCCGUUUAAGCGGAACCGGGUGACCUCAUCUCCUUGAAAUGUUUGAUGAAACACAAUGGCAAAACUGGAGUUUUGUGGCUUUUAAGUCCAUAGCUUUAAGACGAGCAUACUCUUAAAAGUUAACAAAAUUAACUUUCAGCAGAUUUCGGGAAAAUGGAAAUGAAAUUUCACUGACUCAUCUUGCACUCAUGGGCGUGUCUUUUUUUUUUUGUCCAAUAAAAUUUUUGAUUGGGAAUGCCCCUCCCACCUGUCUGUGACCAGCAAUCAAGAAGGCUGGGUUUUUGCUGGUUAUAAAAGCCAUUGAGAUAAAUGGGAAUGCUAACGGGUAGCUUUCUCCAGGUAUUACAGAUCUUAAUGCAAGCAAUAGAAAAUAAUAAAUCAUGUUUCACGACUGUGACGAAGACUGUGACUUCGUGUUUCAGUAGAGAAAAUUUGUCAGUACAGGGGACAUUUCUUUGCUUUAAGUGUUUAUUUGUAUAAGAUGCUAUGGAAUUAAGGCAGUCUAACUGUAUAUACAUCAGUUUCAAAAAUAAUGCUAAUACAUAAAUAAUUCCAAAUAAUAUAGGAAAGUGCAGGAUAUGUGUAAUACUCCUCAGUGCAUUAACUUAUUAAAUUAAACAGUCCAGUUAUAAAACUGGGUAUGUAAGCAAACAUAAACAAUAACUUUUCUUAUAAUGCUGAAAAUGGGCAUUGAUGUAUUAAUGAAAUAGGUAAAUGAUCAGCUUUCGUGACAUAAUUUGAGAAUGUUUAAGUGCAUUAAGGUGAAUGUAUAUGCACAAACAUUACAUGCACUACCUGGAGGACUGCUUGAAUUCAGCUUUUUUAUCCUUGUACACAGUGCCAAGACACUCUUGGUCCAGAGUGAGACAAAAUAAGAUGAGUCCAUUUU